AUGCGUGUAAAAACGGGUAGAAAAACAUACAAACUAUUACAAUCACAGACUUGUUGCUACAAUUGGAAAACUAGUACUAUCAUAAUAUCAGGUCCAUUUUCUGGUUCAGUUUUGCGAUAUCCAUCACUCAUAUAUCAACUUAAUGCCCAUGAUAGACGAAUACCAGAACGUGAUGCAUGUUGUGUACCAACCAAUAAUAUUAUUGAUUGGAAUACGUGUAAACUUUAUUAUCAGAUACGUCCACCUAGUAGUUGUGACGGGUAUCGACCACCCAGAAUAGUAUGGUAUGGUGGUGAUCCACACAUCUAUACGAUCGAUGGAAGUCUGUAUACAUGCCAUGUUGUUGGAAGAUACAUUUUUGCACGUACAUCAUCUGUGGCAAACAAUACUGCACAAUCGAAUGACGAAUUAGAGGAGUCGGAUACUGAUAAUAUUUACUUAUAUCCUGACGAUUUGUUUACUAUCUGGGUAGAAGCGGAAGCAGAACAGCCAGCAUUGCCCUAUGUGCAAACGCAAGGUUAUGCAUCCAUUUUCACACGUUUCAUUCUGAGUGCUGUUGGAGUAGAAUUCCAAAUAUCGACUGCAAAUGACAGUAGAUUCAUUCUGACUGUUUCAAACUAUACAAACAUUACUCUGCCUGCAAGUGAUAUUUCAUAUUCUUACACUGUUACUGAUAGUGAAAGACCGUUUUCGAUUGUUCAAAGAAAUUACACGCAAAUCUAUGAAGGUACAAAUAUCACAUUGCCAGAAUUAACAAUUUCAUUAUGGUCAGGGCUAGCUCUGAAAUGUAUAACCGUUAUACAAAUUGUCACUUGUACAUUAUCACUACCAGAUAAGUUCAAAAAUUCGAUAGAAGGUUUGGCUGGUAAUUUUGAUGACAAUGCAACAAACGAUUUAGUAAACAGAGUAACAAACGUAACAGUUUUUAAUCUUGCAAAUGAUUCACAAGUAUACGAUGCAUGCGUAUCAUGGGCAACGAUAAAUUCUGCACCUAGCGCUAAAGUUAUUUAUUACUAUAACUUUCUCAGUUGGUUUAACAACACAAAUACCACAAAUAUUACACAAAGUUUUGAUUUAAACUUGAAUCCAUCAACAGUAUAUAGUCAAUGUUCUAAUCAGCAGCUGUGUGUUCACGAUUAUGUGAUUAGUUUGAACUAUUUUACCAGCAAAGCACUACAAACGGCUGUUGAGACUUAUAAAAGUGCAAUAGUUAUAUUAGCACAAGAUCCGCCGAAAAUAAUUGUUCCAUCUCUAAUUCAAACUUAUAUACCUUCGAAAAGCUUAAAUUCAUCUUAUGCAUUUAACAUUACUAUCACGAGACCUGAAUUGAUAAACAAUGUCACCUAUCUUCUUCUACCUGUCAAUCAAACAUUCAAUGCAUUAAUCAGUGCGAAUAAUAUAAGCACAUAUACUAUUGUGAUAUCAGCAGUUAAUUUUACGGAGGAAAUGAAUGUAACCGUUGACGUAUAUUAUAAUGGUACUCAGACCGUUGUUCAAACAUUGGACAUAAAUAUGUGUCUUUGUAAUGAUUUUAUCACAUCAUGCGAUUGGGAUCAUACUGUCACUCUUGGACCACAUUAUCAAAUAGCAAAUUGUAGUUGUAGCGCAAAUUAUACAGGCAGAUAUUGUGAUGUACUAUUUAACCCUUGUAAUGUAUCAGGAGUAUGCAAACAGAAUUUUCAAAAUGAUACAAGUUGUGGUAUAUCACAAAAUGCAUCACAACCAUACGUUUGUUAUGGAUAUUGUCUUGAUGGUUUUGAAUCACUCGACAAUUAUACUUGCAGUGAUAUAGACGAGUGUCUUACGACAAAUGUAUGCACAAAUGGAGAUUGUAUUAAUUUGUAUGGUUCUUAUACCUGUCAGUGUUUUGCAGGCUAUCAUUUAGUAAAUCGUUCAUGUGAAAGUAUACAUCAAUGUACAGAACCGAACGCGGAUGGUACGUGGCCCAUCCGUUGUCCAUAUAAUGGUACAAUAUGUAUUGAAACAACAUCAGGGAACUACUCAUGCGAUUGUUAUUCACCUUAUUUUAAUAAUAUUAGUGGAGUGUGCUUACAUAAUCGACAUGCUCUACAAUCCGGACCAAACAGUAGCUCAACGAAUAUUUGUAAUGAUGUGACUGAAGAAUGCAUUGCCUAUUCACCUGAUCCUUCAUAUGCUUAUACAUGCGUAUGCCGUGCAGGAUAUCAAGUAAAUGCAAGUGAUGGCUAUUGUUACGUUGUGAAAAUACUCCAGGAACACAUGAAUGUCGAUGCAACACCAAUUAUGCACCAUACGAGAAGAUAUGCUGAUGUGUUCAAUACGAAUCUAACAUGUAUACCAAUUGAUUAUAGUAGACUUUGUCAAGGUCAAUGUGAUCUGCCUUCAAAUUGUACAUCAAAUGGGAUAUGCGAAUGUCCUGAUGCAUUAAAUAUGUAUACUUAUACCGAACCACAGUCGUAUAAGACAACAUGCUCAUGUAUAGCGAGUCCAAUAAAGGUUUACAACGACUUGGAAAAAAAAUGUAUUCCUGUUGCAGGUAUGAGCAGCGUAAAAUAUGAACCUCUUUUAUCGUACUAAAUGUAUCAUCACUAAGCAGGGAAGUAGAAACUUUUACACCCUCUUUUAUAUUAAUUUCGCAUUUACGUUCUCGAUUUUUUUCAAAGUGCUAGCAUUGAAGUGAAUUAUAAAAAAAUGUGCUAAUUAUAGUUUACUGCGACUAACUUCCCUAAGGUACUCACAAGGGAAUCUUCAGGUGCCCAACUCCGAUUUCAAUGAUUUAUAAGUCGAUGGAUACAGGACAGUUUGCUAGUAAAAAUCCUAAAAGGAUUUGGGCUGUUAUUACUUCUCUCAAAAGUUAUAGAUCUUUUUAUGUUUUUUCACAGGAAAUACAGAAAAACUAAUAAUUUUAUAACUUCCUCCAAUGACGGAGUUAUAAGCUCAAAUUAUUUUUUUAUAGGUUUUCUAUAUGUCUCUAAUGUCGGCAAAACGUUUCAGCUUUUCAGGUCCUUUUGUAUCCGAGUUAUGGAACUUUACGUUUUCCAAAGCUAACAAUGAAAGGGUUAUAAAGCCGUUAACUUUUUACAAAAACUAUUGAAACUUCCAGAAUCGAGAAGGUUUCGGCUGGUGCACAUGUUGAAAUAAUCAGAAUUGUAGGGUUUUGGUGUUUUGUAGCUCCCGUUUUUAAGAAGGUCUGUGUAGACUCUAUAAUCGAUGAUCAGCUUGAAGCCGAUUUUUUUGUUUUUCUAAUUGAUAUAAGACUUCAAAACCACUUCAGUUCCGAAAGUUUCAAGAGCUUUGAUGAAGAAUUAACGCUUUUAUAGCCCCUUCGCAGUUAGCAUAUCUAAGGGAAAACCGUUGGAAAACUUAAAAGUUUCAUAACUCGGAUACAAAACGACCUGAAAUGCUGAAACGUUUUGCUAAUGUUAUAGACAUAUAGAAGACCCGUAAAAACAUAUUUGUGCUCAUAACUCCGCCAUUGGAGAAAAUUAUAAAAUUAUUAAUUUUUCUGUGUUUUCAGCAAUAACAGUCCAAAUCCUUUUAGGGUUUUCACUAGCAAACCAUCGAUUGGCUUGUAAAUCAUUGAAAGAAAUGAAGAAAACGGAACUGAGCACUCCUAUUUUCGUUAGAAAUGAGCAAAACCUGAAAGGACAUGUGGUUAAGUUAGAAUAUCUUCCAAUAUUUUCGAUUUUUUCCUAUCCGAAACGUGUCAGGAGAUUACUAAAAACAUCUCCUAGAAACAUCGACUUACGAGAGAACUGCCCCAACUGAUUCCUCGCUUUCCACUCCAUCGCUUGGCCAUAAGUAAACUUUGAUGCGACUAAGUAAGCUCAAUAUUCUUGAUAUGCUAGUGGAUACGUAGAGACUCAUUUUGAAGGAGCUAGCUGUAUGAAAAAUUCCACCGCCUAAGUCAUUAGGAUGACAAAAAAAACAAAUUUUCAAUAAUUGAAAAGAUCGUCUGUUUGUAACACUGUCGAUCAUAUCUCGAAAAUGAAGGACCAUCAGCACAAACGGUUUUAGGUAUUCUUAGUCUCAUCAAGAUCUACUUACGGUCAAAAGAUGACGUCAAAAACGAGGAAUCAGUUGUGGCAGUUGUCUCGUUAGUUUCUCGAAAUUUUAAUACUGUUGACUCCAGGACUUUCGAAAAAUUUUUUAAUUCCGAUUUUUCUGAAAUCACGUGGUGUAGGUGCAGAAUACCUUAAUCACCCAUGUCCUUUGAUGUCCCGUAACUGUUAGAGAUAGAACAGUUGUCCCUAUCGUAUGAAGACAAAUAGAAUUCACUGCAAUUGUUAAAAUAAAUAUUUUUGUCAGCUUAAUAGUUAUAGUCACUUUUAUUAACUUCAGGUGAAACUGCGUUUAAAAUCUACUUGUUGAACAGUACUAAUGGUCAGCCGUCUUUCUCUCAAAUGAAGGAUUUCAUCGAACAAUUUGUAAGUAAAAUAUUUAUCAAGAUUUGUGUUACUACGUCUAUACUAACAACUAUUCAUAUGAUGAAAACCAAUUGAAUGCGAAACAAGGUUUAAAAACGAAACUAGAAUUGCGUUUUAAAAAGGAUAAUCGGAUAGACGAACUUGUGAGAAGAAAAGAAAUUCUUAGACCGGGAAUAAUCUUGCAUUACUAACGAUGAAUACUAAAAUUAGUUAAUUAAUCGUUUAGUAUCCACACUAGGGUACAGAUGAAAAUGUUGCUUAUAUUGAUCGACUACUACAGUUCGUCUACUACUACUACUUUUAGUAGUGAAUUAGGAUCAAUUAUCGUUUAAUCUUGAGUGUGUUAUUUUCUAACGGCUGACUUAGAGACACGAAAAUUUCAGAGAAUCCAAGAGAAACGCGAGAUGUUGAAUUUUUAGUAAAAUUUCGGCGUCGACGGAUAGACUCAGUCCAUAUAAAACCUACCACCAUUUCCAUGGACCUUUGACGUCAAUGACGAGAACUAUCUCAUAUUAUAGACCUCGGCAAGCUGAACCGAAUGAUGAAAACCGCAAGUCUCUAACCUUGUUAGAAAAAAGGUUAUAUCCAUUUUAUCCUCGUAUCGGAAGAAUGCAUUUUCGGGCGCUUUCGCCGAACUUGUCGAACGUCUGCGGACCACAUUACCUAACGCAGGACCUUGAACUUGGUAUCAAAUGGAAGAGCGCGUCGAGUUCUAUAUAUUUCAAUGAAGAAAAGUUAUGCUACUCCUUGGGG